AUAAAAAAUAUAAAUAAUUAAUUACAGAGGUACGUCCAAAUUCCAAUAGCGUCUCCGUCUACACUGCAGUAGAGAAGCAGAUAGGGUAGCUGUUUGUUUACUGAGUCGUACGCCACCGUACGCACCGCCGGCCUGAAAUGCCCACACGGCGAGGAGAGAAGAGGAGAUUUGUCAACCGUAGACCAACCGUUUGCCGAAAUUGCUUGAACUCGAGUAUUUGAAUCGCGAUAUUCUUCGCCAUUGACUUUGCAGCGCAGGAAUUCGAGCCAGAGGGUCGUUGCAAUGGAUGGGAACUACAAUUACAAACAGGAGGUGGUGGUGGAGAACAGAUUUAUUUGGGAACGUUCUAAAGUAAAGGAGUUUGACCCCAAUUGCAAUUGCAAUUGCUUCCUUCAAUGCCUGAUCGAACCCGAACACCUCCCUAGGUGGCGCCCACCGCCUCGCCAUAGCUGGGAAAAUCUUAAUUGCCCUUUUGGCCUUUUCAAUCUUCCCCAACCUUAACAUUUUUGGUUUUUAUCUGUCGAUUGCUUUCUGGAAGUAGUGUUCUUGUUUCGGUUUGUUUGUUAUGCCUUCUCUUUGGAGUUCAUUUUCUUCUUCUUCUGGUGGUGGUGGUCGUCGCCCGUUGAAGGGAAAGAGCAAGAGCUCCAACGAUAUUCUCAGGAACGAGGGGAGGAAUGAGCAAAGGAGGAAGCUUACACGCCAGAGGAAGCUGAGGUACGUAACUGAUGAUGAAUUGGGUCUCACUUCCACUGGUAUCAUCCAUGAGGGGCUGCAGUCUUUGCCCGUCUCCCCUGAUUGUGGUGCGGCCCCUGGGUCUGUUCCUCGAACGCCCAAUCGCGCAACCUCCUUGAGCUGCCACUGGUCAAAGUCGGUGGUGCCCCAGCCGCUGCCUCUUCCAGAAGUGAGUUGUCAGGCAAAGCACAACGACGGCUCCCAUGGCCAGAGGUUGGGGGUUUUGGUUAGUCCUGCAGCCUCUGCGGAGAAAAGGGAUCCUUCUUAUCAUAGAUUUUGGAAGACCACUGAUGAUAUUGUUAGCAAAACAAAUAAAUCUCCUGCAUACCGUCGCAGAGGGUUCAAACAGGACCUCAAUGUCGACAUUUCAGAAAAUGAAUUUCAUCUGCGGUUUCCUGCAAAAAGUGCUCCAAGCAGUGGUUGCUCCAGUCCGGUGCAGAGCUCACAAAGAUACAGCACGGUCGAUCUUUUCCACCCCUCAUUUCCAGCCUCAUCGUCUAUAGGGCUGUUGACUUCUGAUAGAGUAUCUAAGUCUCAUCAAACAUCACCUAAACUUACCCCUGAACAUUCUCCACUUCACAGCCCCAGGCAGCAAAGCCCAACAAAGUAUGGAAACUCCAGGAGCAAUAAAUGUUUUAUCAUGCAUUCUCAUAACAAGUCUCUACCAGAAAGUUCUGCUUUGAAACCUGAUGCCAAUAACCUCAAUGUUCACCCAUUGCCACGCCCACCAGCUGUCUCAUGGCCAUCGCCUACUAUUCGGCACAGUCUUGAUAAAUCAAAUCUUUCAUCAGUUAAAGGCCAGUGGCAGAAGGGAAGGCUUAUAGGUCGUGGUACAUAUGGAAGUGUUUAUAUUGCCACUCACCGUGAAACUGGAGCAACAUGUGCCGUCAAAGAAGUUGAAGUUGUUCCUGAUGACCCUAAAUGUGCAGAAUCUGUAAAGCAGUUGGAACAGGAGAUGAAAUUUCUAGGAGAGUUAAAGCACCAGAACAUUGUACAGUACUAUGGGUGCGAAAAAAUUGAGGAUCGAUUUUGCAUAUAUUUGGAGUACGUGUAUCCUGGAUCAAUUAGCAAGUAUGUCCAAGAGCACUGUGGAGCUAUGACAGAGUGUAUUGUUCGCAAUUUCACACGUCAUAUUUUGUCAGGGUUGGCUUACUUACACAGCAAAAUGACAGUCCAUAGGGACAUCAAAGGAGCAAAUUUACUUGUCGAUGCAUCUGGUGUUGUAAAGCUAGCUGACUUUGGAUUAGCAAAGCAUCUCGUGGGUCAUAAUAUCGAGCUGUCCUUGAAGGGUACUCCACAUUGGAUGGCUCCAGAGUUACUGCAGGCUGCAUUGCGAAAAGAUGCUAAUCCCGAGCUAGCAUAUGGCGUUGACAUAUGGAGUGUCGGAUGUACAAUCAUUGAAAUGCUCACAGGAAAACCUCCUUGGAGCGAGUACAGCGGGCCGCAAGCAAUGUUCAAUGUAUUGAAAAAAUCGCCGACUAUCCCAGAAACAUUGUCUGCUGAAGGAAAGGAUUUCCUCCACUGGUGCUUUCAGAGAAGACCAGAAGAUCGGCCCUCAGCCCUUAAACUACUCGAACAUCCUUUCAUGCGAAGUUCAAAAGAUCAGAACUGUGGAGGUCUUUUCCAACAGUUCUCAGGAAUAAAACUCCAUGAUUUAGAGAAUUCAAGCCGCUGGACUCGUCAUAAGAAGGAUGUGAUGCCACAUUCAUCAGCUACAAGGACUCACCAAGGAAAACCACCGCAACCCAAUAGUGAAACAAGCCGACAAUCCGGUCCAGACUCCUCCGACGCUGGAGGGUCAACAUCCCAUAACUCCCCUCGUUGUAUACACGAUGUUCUUCCAAGCGGAUCUUCACCAGAGCUCAACAGAAGUUCAAACAGCUCGAGCCCUUCAAGUGCACAGAAUAACCUGCUGCUGAGAGCUGUGAAUAACAACGCCUGCAGCAUCUCCUGCAAGGGAAAUCUCAAUCCUUUGAUGCCUCGAAUGACAGAAAGGAAAAAGGAAAACUGCAGUGUACAACAAGAAAUAAAUUGAUGGCUCCCUCACUUGUUGCCGUUAUGGAAUCUUCUUAAUUUGUUGCAGAUCUCAUCUCAUGAACCAGGCAGGCUUAUACAAUAGCAGUGUAUUAUAUUUGCUGAGGUUGUCUAUGGAAGGCAACAUCAUGAAGAAAAGAUUACUCUGGUUUGUGAUGGAUCGUGUGAGGGACAUUCUUUGUAGUGCAGUGAGUGAGGUUGAAAAUGUACAUAAUAUGAUACAUCUUUCAUACAUUAUAAAUAUAUUUUGAAGGGGAUAUAUUUAUAUUUGCCAA